UGGAAGUAUGGAAACUGAAAUCAAAAUGUAGCGUUUUGGAUUCUGUUGGCUACUUCUUUUUUUUUUUUUUUUUCUUCACAGAAAAAACAUCGUGCGUUUUUAAAACGGAUGGAUGUACCACAACCUUCAGGAUGUAUUUUAAUCGACGUAGCCUACAGUAAUAGGCCCACGCACAUCGUAAUCUUAACAAAGACUAUAUAUCUGGGCUUUUCUUUUUGCAUCCCAUAUUGAACAUUUAAAGUGAAAACGAUACUAACAUAAUAGUUAUAAUAUUGAUAGCACCAUUAACUGUAUUCCUCGAAAUGCUCGCAAACUCGCUCUACUAUGAGGAGUUUGAUCGGAUAUGUAGGAAACUGUGAAUAUGAUUCAUGAAUCUUUUUUCCUCUGCCUAUGGAUUUGGUUCUCACAUGGUGUGAUUGGUGAUACAGAUGAAGUGAAGUCAGUAUCAGUGAUGGAGGGAGAUUCUGUCUCUCUAAACACUGAUGUCUCUGAAGUGCAGAGAAAUGAUCUGAUACUGUGGAUGUUUAACGUUAACAAUUCAGACACUCUUAUCGCUGAAAUCCACAGACAGAACAUCUAUAUAGAUGACAGUGUUGUGAGAUUCAGAGACAAACUGCAGAUGGACAGUCAAACUGGAUCUCUGAUCAUCAGAAACAUCACAACUGAACACUCUGGACUUUAUAAACUACAGAUCAUCAAAGCUGGGGUCACAUACAAGAGUUUUUCUGUUGCUGUCUAUGCUCCUCUUCCAAUUCCUGUCAUCACCAGAGACACUUCAAACUGUUCAUCAUCAUCAUCAUCACUGCUGUGUUCACUGCUGUGUUCAGUGUUGAAUGUGAGUCAUGUGACUCUCUCCUGGUUCAAAGGAAACAGUUUAUUGUCCAGCAUCAGUGUGUCUGAUCUCAGCAUCAGUCUCUCUCUUCCUCUGGAGGUGGAAUAUCAGGAGAAAAACACCUACAGCUGUGUGAUCAACAAUCCCAUCAACAACCAGACUCAACACAACAUCAACAUCGCACAACUCUGUCAUCCCUGUCCAGAACUCUUGCAGCAGUCACAGUCAGUGGCGUUAUCCGUUAGUAUAGUGAUAGUACUGGUCUUGGCUGCAGUUGUGGCGGGGAUAUACUUACAGCACAGGAAAUGCAAACAACCAAGAUCACAAGAUCUGACAACCAAAGAACAGCAAAUGUCAGAAUAGAUCAUCUGCUGCCUUCAGAUGGGAGAUCUGCCACAGAAAUCAUUUCUGGAUGCGGGCAGAACCGAGACAGCUGUGAACUAUCAACACACAGUGAAACUCAAAAGGCAGAUCUCAAGAGAAUAUCACUUAGACCCAGAGUUGGGUCUCCUGUAGGAGUCAUUCAAUUACAUGGUCUUACAUAUUGUAUUUUAUCUAAAGUUAUAUUUAAUAUUGUCAAUUUGUAUACAAAAUGUAGAUUAUUGUGUAUUGAAAUUCUUUUUAGCGGUUACCUGAAGAAAAAAAAAAUUGCUCGAAUCUAAUGCUUUUUUGCUUUGAUGUCUAAUAAAACAAAUUGAAUGUCAAAGACAUAUUUAAAAGCAGUUUCAUAAGGUUUUUAAAGGGUUGUAUUUCCCCUAGUGUAAGAUGUUGUAAUCACUGGUGUGGCUUGAGAUUUAUUACUUAAAUUUCACUUUGUUUAAACUCUGUUGUUGUGAAAUUAUCAGUCGGCAUCUUGUGUGUCUGUAGACUGUGUAAUAUUUAGAGUAUAUAUUAAACAAACACCACCAGAGGGGGCUAUAAAACACACUUAAAACUCGCUGAUGGACACAAGUCUAACAAAUACUGAGCAGCUGAAUGUUGACACCUCGCAGCACAAACGACAGAGAUGAAGCUGCUCUGUCUAGCACAUUAGUAUAUAGAGUACAUAAUCUUGUAUUUAUCGUCUAUAUUGUUUCCAUGGCCGCGGGAACUAGGGGUGCUGAGGGUGCUGUAGCAACCCCCGCCGCAGGGCCGGGUCUGAGAUUUUCCUUUUGCGUCUUUGCGCUUGCAGUUUUGGCACGAUUCUCUCACUGAUUUCAGAUUUGCAAGCGAGUGGAAGGCGGGACCUUCUUCUUUCAGCCAAUCAAAUGAGGCUCUUGCUGACUCUCGAUUUACUCUUAUCUGAUUGGUUCAAUAAACACUCCAGACUUGAGAACACAUCUUUAUUUUUAAUUUGACUCAGCGUCAUUCUUAUUGUGGGGAUGGUAUUUUUAAUGCACAGAUACAUAUAAAAAAAAUCAAUUAAUAAUUAAUAAUACAAUAAAAUAAAAUAAUAAAACAAAAAAGCAUGAUCCUUUAUAAACUGUGUAGGCUACCAUUAGGCUGACUACCAUGUAUGUGUUCAUUCUGAAUUUCGAGCUAAUAUUAGGAAAUGACAUUUCUGUGUAUUCACUCUAUUUAUCCUAAUCAUCCUCCUCUUCAGCAGACCAUAUGAUAUUAGUUUGUAAUCUUGAUGCUACUGAAAGUAUCUGCACUACUAUGCAUAAUUUCACCAUGUCUCCUGAUCAGGGUUGAUGCCAGAUUUUUGUUUUUCCUUUAACGUGUAUUUAAAGGAGAUUUUACUGUACUAAAUAUUUACCCCUAAAUCAUGCAUUUACCAUCUGUAAUGCCAUGUGAAACCACUAGAUGGAUGUAUAACCAUAUACAAAUAUCAACAUUACUGUGUAUUUCAUGGUUUCUGGGAAUAUUUGAUUCAGACAUAGUUAUUUUGCAUUUGGUUUUUCAUUUAGAUGCUAUAUUUAGACUUUAUUAAAGACUAUAUUUUGUCAAAGUUGUAGACAGCUUCUAAGGAUCAUGCUUUUUGUUUUAUUAUUUUAUUUUAUUGUAUUUAUUUAUUUUUUAAUAUAUAUGUGUGCAUUAAAAAUACCAUCCCCGCAAUAAGAAUGACGCUGAGUCAAAUUAAAAUAAAGA